CUCAGGAUGACGCCCAUCAGGGAUUAGCAGGGGCAUCAGCUGUGGUGGAAGUUGAAGCAGGUGAAAUAGAUCCUGAACCCUCCAAAGAGGACUUGGAGGUCUCGUCGGGAGCCUUGUCUCCUCGGAAGACCAAAAGCACGUUGGGAGCAGUAGGGGACGGCCUCCUGGUCUCCACCCGAAAUGGGGAUGAUGGCGCCUGGACGCAAGCGACGGGGAGUGGAAAAGAAGGAGGACGUGUGUCUCCAGAAUCAGAAGGCCCCUUGGCCGGAUCAAACCCUAGUCCCACUCCAGGGAGCAAAGGCCUACCUGGUCAUGCCGCCAAGACUUUCCCAUCAUCCCCCAGCAAAACAGCUGGCCCCAGCCGAGCCAAGAUGUCCCUUACCGGGACCAGCAAGUCCCCAACUAUCCAGAGUCUGGCUAUGCGCUUACUAACUAUGCCUGGAUCACGUCUUCCAGGGGAUUCUGGAUCUCCCACAACAGAAGCCCCAGAUUCGGCCCCUACUCCUGCUCCGGCAGCGGCCUCUCCUGCUCAGCCUUCAGCAUCAACCACUGAGGAAGUCAAGCCCAAGGUCCACCGAGCUCGGAAAACAAUGUCGAAGCCCAGCAGCGUACAGGUGCCUGAAAAAAGGGUCUCAGAGAUGUUGCAUUUCCGUGUCUCGGAUGACUUGAGAAGCAUUUUAGAACCAGACGGCUUCGCAGGACGAUGGAGGCCAGGAAUGGGAGACUGAAGUGGGGGAUGACUUCAGCCUCUUCUACGACAGCUACUCUGUGGACGGCCACAUGGAUUCGGACAGCAAG